GUGAAAAUACACCUCGCCUGAAUGUCCUCGUUUGAGUGUUCUCGUUGAGUGAGGCAUUUCAAUUCUCGUGAAAAUGGAUGACAUCAAGGAUGUCAGUGUCUGUCCUUGUUCAGAAUCUCUCUACAUAAAACCAAUGAAGAUCAACUAUAAACAGAACAAUGAGAUUCGUUCUUGGGACAUUAUUAAAGAACACGACGAUGUGGUCAUAGUGGUGUACAACAAAACAAGAAACGUCUUUGUUUUAGUGAAGCAGUUCCGUCCAGCUAUAUACCUCACCUGUGCUGAACCUGAGGAGAAGGAUGGCGUGACAAUCAUUGACACUUCCAAAUAUCCAGGAUCUCUUGGUGUCACUUAUGAACUUUGUGCUGGCAUCAUUGACAAGAACCACAGCACACAGGAGAUAGCCCAGAUGGAACUACUUGAGGAAUGUGGCUACAAGGUGCCCCUUGACAGCAUAGAGAUGGUGGCUUCCUACAGGAAUGGAGUUGGAACAACAGGAGCUGUUCAGACGAUGUUCUUCGUGGAGGUGACGGAUGCGAUGAAGGUGGGCGAAGGAGGGGCCGUGGCACAGGAGGGGGAGUUGAUUGAUGUCAUAGAAGUUCCUGUAAAGGAAGGAAGAGAUUUCAUCAAAAAUGAGAAAUAUAAUAUUCCAUUACCAGUGUUAUUUGGAAUCAACUGGUUUUAUGAGAAUAAGUCAAGUCAGUAUUGUUAGGAAUCUUAUUCAAAUCAGUGUUUAUCAUCAUAAGACAUCUGACUGAAGAAUCAUGUCUGCUUGUCGUGGGUCCAAAGCAAUGAUUUUUGCUAUUUAAUGGUGCCACACUCAUAAAUAUUCAUAAAUGACGUGGCUGCAGACAAUCCAGUGAUUCACCAUGAUAGUUUGGAUAGGAUGAGAUGCAGUGAAGUCUGAGACUGACCACCUAAUGAGGGUGAUUGCCUCCUAACGCCAAAGAAAGGUCCCUGGAGACAUGUUCCUAUAGGAAAUCCCCAUGGGUUCCAAAUCAAAUGAAGUAGUAAGUUCAAUAGGUUCUGAUCGGAUGUCAAACAAGCUUGCAAGAUGUGAAUAAGUGGUGUUCCGAUGAAUUUAAAUAAUCGAAGAUUGGUCUCAGUGAUCAAAUGACCAAGCAAUCGAUCACAUUUUCUCAUAAUCGAACACAAACGAUUUUGGAACUGCUGUUUUAGUCUUUGAAACACUUGACGAUGGAACA